AUGGAGGUGGAGCUACUGAGUGGGUUUCCCCUGUUUUUGCAACAACUUCGUGCUUUGUUAAGGAAGAACUUGAUUCUUGCAUGGAGGAAUAAAAAGACAACAUUUUUAAGGCUUUUUUCCUCAUUUUUCUUCAUUGCUUUCUUGUUUGCACUCAACAAGAUUGACAGCAGAAGGGAUGGUGUUUCUGAAGCAGUUUAUGAUCCCAAGGCCAUAUCUUUUUCUUCAAUUCCUGCCUGUGAAGAGAAACUGAUCAUCAAAACCCCUUGCUUUGACUUCGUUUGGAGUGGGAGUGGAAACCAGAGGAUCGAGUCAAUUGUCAAUGGGAUUAUGAUCAAUAACCCUGGUCGCCAAAUUCACCCCAACAAGGUUAAGUCUUUUAGGACAAAAGAUGAACUGUAUGAUUGGCUUUUGCAAAACCCAAUGCGUUCACCUGGAGCUAUACAUUUUACUGAAGAAAGUGAUAAUGAGAUACGUUAUGGCAUUCAAAUAAAUUCCUCAUCUUCAGACUUUAGGAUUGGAAGGCAAUUUGAGGAUCCCGUUUUGAAGUUUCAAGCUCCCCUGCAAUAUGCGGUUUCGCGUGAAAUUUCCAGAUCCUUAAUUGGAGACAAGAGUUUCAGCUUUAAUAUUGGUCUAAAAGAAUUCGCACACCCUGGCUCAAAAAUUCUCUCUUCUGGAAGAGAGCCUUCCCAAUUGACAGCAGGAUUUCAAGUGAUGUUCUUCUUUGCAAUCGCUGUGUUCGGUUUCAUAGCUCAAGUUCACACUUUGGUUCUGGAGAAGGAAAUGAAACUUCGUCAGACAAUGACUAUAAUGGGACUUUCUAACUCUGCCUACUGGAGUUCGUGGUUCAUAUGGGAGGGAUUUAUGGCGUUUCUCACAUCAUUUUUCAUUGUUGCUUUUGGGGCAUUGUUUCAACUUGAUCUUUUCUUGAAAAACAGCAUCGUGGUUGUGUUUCUCCUAUUUUUUCUUUUCCUGGUCACCAUGGUUGGUUUUGCAUUCAUGAUUUCAACUCUCCUCAGCAAAUCAUCUUCUUCCACAUCAGUUGGUUUUGCCUUAUUGAUUCUGGGCAUCGCAGCAUCGUUCUUGUCUUUCUUAAUCUAUGAUGGUGGAGUCAAGAGAAGAUACCGCAUAUUAUGGUCGUUUUUCCCAUCUAAUCCUUUUGGUGGCGCAUUGUAUUGGCUGUCUUUCCGUGGUGGCGUUGGUUUGAACGAUAUAGCUAAGUGUCUGGACGAGGAUUGUUUUUCCAUGAACUACUUCUAUGCUUGGCUUGGUUCAACAUUCUUUCUCUGGUCAUUUUUGGCUAUUUAUCUCGAUAACGUAAUUUCCAACUCUGCUGGUGUUAGAAAACAGCUUUUCUACUUUUUAAAGCCAAGUUACUGGAAAGGGAGAGAGGAAAUCACACAAGUUGGUGCCGGUUCUAUUGCACAGUCAUCACAUUUCAGGCCUGAUGAUGAGGAUGUCCGGGAAGAGGAAGAUUUUGUGAAACAAUCAGCAAUGCAAGGCAAAAUUGAUGCUGAAGUUGCCGUCCAACUACGGGGAUUUGCUAAGUCAUACCCUAAAACUACAAAUUUACGCUGUCAUCGGUUCUGCUUCUGCAUUUUUUGCUGUACAUGCAAAACAGAAAAACCCUUUGAUGCUGUCAAGAACUUUUGGAUGAACUUCCCAAAGGAUCAAUUGUUUUGUCUUCUGGGACCAAAUGGAGCUGGAAAGUCUACCAUUAUUAGUUGCUUAACUGGAAUCAUUCCAGUGACUCACGGAGAUGCUCUCAUCUAUGGAAAUUCUGUUCGAAGCUCUGCUGGAAUGUCAAGAAUACGAAGAAUGAUAGGAGUAUGUGCACAGUUCGACUCUCUUUGGGAUGCAUUAUCAGGCAAAGACCAUCUUCAACUCUUUGCAAGUGUGAAAGGCUUGCCCCCGGUAACUCACAAACAGGAAAUACAACAGUUGUUGGCUGGCGUAGAUAUGGAAAAGGUUGCUAAUGUGAGAGCAAAAAGCUACAGUGGUGGAACAAGACGGCGACUGAGCCUGGCUAUCGCUCUUAUUGGAGACCCUAAACUUCUCAUCUUAGAUGAACCAACAACUGGAAUGGAUCCUAUUACUCGAAGACGGGUAUGGGAUGUCAUUGAAAAUGCGAAGAAUGGACGUUCGAUCAUCCUAACAACACAUUCUAUGGUCGAAGCUGACAUCUUAUCGGAUCGCAUUGGAAUCAUGGCGAAAGGAAGGCUUCGCUGUAUCGGCACAUCCACAAUGCUUAAGUCGAAGUUCGGUGCAGGUUACACUGCAAAGGUGUCAUUCCCAAAAGAACAUUUCGACGCUUCAGUGGGAGAAAAUGACAUUAACGCAGAGCGGCGUGAAGCUGUGAAGUCCUUUUUUAAAAAUCGACUCAAUGUUGAACCAAAGGGGGAGAAUAAAUACUUCUUGACCUUCACUCUUCCAAAUGCUGGGGAAGAUAUCUUAGCAGACUUCUUUUCGGAGCUAGAAAGCCGAGAAAGCCAAUUUGGCAUCAAAAGCAUCCAAUUAGGUUUAGGAACUCUUGAAGAAGUUUUCUUAAACAUAGUAAAGAAUGCAGAGCUAGAGAAAACUGGUGCCGAGGAAAAACAUGAAAGACUGACCUUGCCAUCCGGAGAUACUGUACUGGUACCCGUUGGAGCCAAGUCUGUUAAGAUACCAGGAACCGAAUCACAAGAAAAUCCCGGCGGCCUUAUGGUUGAAGUUUUUUGGGAGCAGGACGACACCGGAAAUCUCUGCAUUUCAAGCUAUUCAGCUGAAAAGCCGAUACCACCUACAGUUUAA